UAGAAAUGAUCCGGCACACCAUAAUUUAGAAUUUCGGGAACAAGAAAACGUGCUAGAAGUAGCAGCUUUUGGAAUGGUUUCUCAAUUCCCUUUAGAUCCCAUGCACCUCGUCGAUUUAGGUGUAGCUAAAAAGCUGCUACACCUUAUAAUAAGUAAAGUAAACGUUAACGUAAUGAAUCAAAAGAUCAAUUUUGUUUCUUCUUGGGUUCCUUCUGAAUUCGGAAGAGUUUGCAGAAAUCUCAAUGAUUUAAAAAGUUGGAAAUCUACUGAAUAUCGACAAUUUUUAUUAUACUCUGGUAUAUUUAUUUUAACAAAUUGUGUUGAUGAAGAUUUGUACUACCAUUUUCUUUUACUACAUGCUAGUAUACGUAUUCUUUCUUGCGAAAGGUCUUACAAAAGAGAAGCAAAUAUUGUACAACAAUUAUUAGAGGAGUUUGUUAGUUUGUUUGGCAAUAUUUAUGGGGAACAUUUGAUAAGUUUUAACCUGCAUGGCCUACUUCAUUUGUCUGAAAGUGCUACAGAAUUUGGUCCCUUAGACACAUUUUCUGCUUACAAAUUUGAAAAUUACAUGCAGCGCUUAAAAAAACUUAUUAAAUCCCCUACGAAUAUUUUGCAACAGCUAUAUUUAAGAAUUGAAGAAAGAAAUAAUUUAAUAGAAGAAAACAAUUCAAUGUUUGACACGUUUUUUAUAAAUCCUAAAAAAGAGAAAGAUUCGUUUUGCUUCAGUCAAGAGACGGGACCUUUCAAAGUCAUAAAUACGAGUAUUGAAUCGGGAGCAGAAGUAGUAGUCGGUUACAAUUUUAAAGAAAUCAGUAAUUACUUUAGUGAACCCCUUGAAUCAUUUUCUGCUCUUGGCAUUUUAGUAGCAAGUAGGUUAAGUGAAGAAUUAAUACUUUUUCCAAAAAAAAAUAUUAAAUACAAAUACUUUUGCGUACCUCAUGAAAAUCGUUUUCUUUUAAUUCCAAUUUUACACCACCUCUUUUAUAACUUUGCACACUAGUUGUAUGUUUAUUCUGCUGUUUAUCAAAUCUGUUCAACUUAGAAUUUCACUAAUUUAUAUAUAUUUUUCUUUUUAAAAUAAUGCAUCGUUGGAGCAAUAUGAUGGAGUCGAAUGAUAUUUUUAAUGUGACGCCACCAUCAACUUCCACUCCUAAGGGCUUAAAAAGGAAAAAAGUGCAACUAUCGCAUAAUUUUUACGCUAGCUCUUCAAGUCAAGUACUCACUCCGCACAGCCAACACAUGUUUUGCUCUGAAGAAACUGCAACUGCUUCCGAGGGCUUAGAUGCAAACAAAGAUAUAAUGGCCAAGUUAGAUUUAAUUUUGGAAAAGCAAUUGAACUUGGAAAGUCGCCUGGACAAAUUGGAAGAAAACCUAAUUAAUAAAACUGAUGUCAUGGCCCACCACAAAAUCGUGCGAGAGACGAAAGUCCUAGUAAAAAAGGUGCAGCAGACAGUGUGCCGCAUCUCGGGAGAAAGUUGCGAAGACUUUCACACCGAACUGGCAGUUCUUAUGCCAAUGCAGACCUUGGAUGCGGUCUUUGAUUUGGAGGAGAAGAUAUUAAAAAAAAAUUAUGAAGAUGCAGUUAUAACAUAUCUUUUCACUUUAAAGGGCACUUCUGGGGAUAUUGGCGAGGUUGUGAAGGGAGUUUUUGGCGACGAAGUCCUCAGUUUGUUCAAUUGGGAUGGGAGGUGCGGGAAGAAAUCGCUUCAGAAUUAAAAAUAGUU